AUGGUCGAUGACAAAGUCCCUGUACCGGGACCAGCAAAAUUGAAGCGCAAUGCAGGUCCAGACGAGUGGUUAGAAGCAGCUAAAAACUGCAAGUAUCUGUCCGAACAGCAUAUGAAAGAACUUUGUGAGAUUGUGAAGGAAUAUAUGAUGGAAGAAUCCAAUAUCCAACCCGUUUCAACGCCGGUGACUAUCUGUGGGGACAUCCAUGGCCAGUUUUACGAUCUACUAGAGCUAUUCCGGGUGUCUGGUGGAAUGCCGAACGAGACUGGUGUCGAGGAGCCGAAAACGGCCCCUUCCCUCAUUACAUCCGAGGACAUCGAACCGCCUACGAGCAUUUCAGAUCCGAAACUACGAAAGAGGCUUCGGAAUGCCGGGAAUCUGGAAACCGCAGACGACGAUACGGAGUCAAAUACAAGCCAGAGGGACCGGUCGAGUAGCGACGUCCAAGUCAACCGAAAUUUCGUGUUUCUGGGUGACUAUGUUGAUAGAGGCUACUUCAGCUUGGAAACUUUGACAUUAUUAUUAUGUUUGAAAGCAAAAUACCCCGAUCGAGUGACAUUGGUUCGUGGGAACCAUGAAUCCAGACAAAUCACACAGGUAUAUGGAUUCUACGAAGAGUGCUUCCAGAAGUACGGAAAUGCUUCCGUGUGGAAAGCUUGCUGCCAGGUGUUCGAUUUCAUGACGCUAGGAGCCAUCAUCGAUGGCAAGGUACUCUGUGUGCACGGUGGGCUGAGUCCAGAAAUUAGAACUUUGGACCAAGUGCGCGUGGUUGCGCGAGCACAGGAGAUCCCUCAUGUGGGUGCGUUUUGUGAUCUUGUCUGGUCGGAUCCAGACGACGUAGAAACAUGGGCCGUCAGCCCUAGAGGAGCCGGCUGGUUAUUUGGUGACAAAGUAGCCGAUGAGUUCUGCCAUGUCAACGAUCUCACACUUGUCGCGCGGGCACACCAGCUUGUCAACGAAGGAUAUAAGUAUCAUUUUACGGACCAAAACGUGGUCACUGUCUGGAGUGCACCCAACUAUUGCUACAGAUGUGGAAACCUGGCAUCCGUCUGCGAGAUUGGGGAGGACCUGAAGCCUUCCUUCAAGUUAUUCAGCGCCGUCAGCGACGACCAACGUCAUGUCCCGGCAUCGCGACCGGGUCGCAGCGAGUACUUUUUGUAA